UUUCCUGUGUGCAGACUUCCACCCAUCUGCCCACCUCACCCCACCCGCGCCAUGGCCCUGCUCAGCAUCAAUGAGCUGCUGCCGAUUCAGAUCCUGCUGGAGGUGUUCACGCACGUGCCAGCCCGACAGCUGCUGCUGCGCUGCCGACCCGUGUGCAGCCUCUGGCGCAACCUCAUCGACACGGUGACCCUCUGGAAACUCAAGAGCCUGCGUGACGGCUUCAUCACCGAGGACUGGGACCAGCCCGUGGCCGACUGGAAGAGCUUCUAUUUUUUGUGCAUCCUCCGCAGGAACCUCCUGCGCAACCCGUGUGCGGAAGAGGGUAUGACAGCCUGGCAUAUCGACGCCAAUGGGGGCGACGAGUGGAAGGUGGAGAGCUUACCUGGAGCCUGUGGCACAGACUUCCCCAGCCCCCACGUCAGGAACUACUUCUCCACAUCCUAUGAACUCUGCCUCAAGUCCCAGAUGGUGAACCUCAAAGCCAAGGGCUACUGGGAGGAGCUGAUGGAUGAAGUCCGGCCUGACAUUGUGGUGACGGACUGGUACGCAGGGAGAGCAGACUGCGGCUGUACCUACCGCAUCCGAGUGCAGCUGCUUUCCGCCGACUACAUCGCCUUGGCCUCCUUCGAGCCCCCACCCGUGACCAUCCCUCAGUGGAACGAUGCCACGUGGACAGAGGUCACCCACACCUUCUCGGACUACCCCCGGGGAGUCCGCCACAUCCUCUUCCAGCACGGGGGCAAAGACACCCAGUUCUGGGCAGGCUGGUACGGGCCGCGUGUCACCAACAGCAGCAUCGUCAUCAGCACCAAGGUCACCAGGAACCCGGCGCCCUCCACCAGCCAGCACAGGCCCAGGUGGUGAGAGCCCAGGUCGGCCCUUGGGGCCCUUUAUUGAAACAACUCACAGCACAGUGUUUGAGACAGUGUUGGCCCGGCGAAACCCCAGGGGGCCGAGGCGUGCGGGUCCCAC